AUUUAACGACGAUUUGAUAAGCUUACUGAGAUAGCAAACACAGCCGUUACGGCGGCACACACUUCGCUUCAUACCUGUCGCACACACAUUUAGAUGAACACCUCUCCGCUAUAGCAGCACUUGGAUUCUUAGUAGCGUUUGUUCCGUAUGGCAAAUCACUGCUAAGUUUUUGGAGAGGUAUUUAGAAUGUGGCGAGCAUGUUUCGUCCAAAAUGUAACCGCCGAUUUACAGCAUGCGUUGGAUCAUUCACGUUCGGUUUUCUCAUCAUCGUUGCCAUCGUUUUCAAAUACAACAGCAUCCACAAUAAUCCUACCAACCGCGGCGAUCCCCCGACGUCCUCCCCGAAGCUGAUAUUAUUCUGGAACAAAUUCUUCAAUCACGAUCAUCCCGAUCUGCAUGUCAGUUUCGCGGGAUGCGCCGUGCAGACGUGCACGACAACCAACAACCGUUCGCGGUUACGCGAAAGCAGCGCCGUCGUUAUCCAUGCCGGUAACGUCAAAAUCCAGGAUCUCCCGCCCACGCGGCAUCCCGCACAGUACUUUAUCUUCUUCCACAUGGAGAACCCCUUCCGCACCACGCCUAACUUCCGGCUGCCCUUAUGGCGCAACUACUUCAACCUGACGUGGACGUACCGGCGAGAUUCGGAUGUGCGCUCGGUGUUCUAUGUGAAUUUGUACCGGCGACGCAACUGGUGGACGGAUGCGCCGGGAAAACGGCAUAUGUUGAAGGAAAGGAAGAAUGCUGCGGUGGCGCUGGUAUCGCACUGUGCAGCGGAGAGCCAUAGGGAUGAGUAUACCCGCACGUUGGGACGGUAUUUUCCGGCAGAUUCGCUGGGGAAGUGUAGAUCUAAGGACGGAGAGUGGGCCCAGGAUGAAUCGAUCAUUGGCCAGUAUAAAUUUUAUCUGGCCUUCGAGAACGGAUACUGCAAGGAUUAUAUAACCGAGAAGCCCCUGCGCGGACUGUAUUACGAAACCGUUCCUGUUGUGAUGGGAGCGGCCAAUUAUAGCGCUAUUUUCCCGCCGAAGUCUUUCAUCAACACUGCCGAUUUUGGAUCGGCGCGCGAGUUAGGCGAAUACCUGACGUAUCUCUCCCGGAACCUGACCGCGUACGAAGAGUAUUUUGCCUGGAAAUACGAUACACAAUACCUGGAUUUGCCGGGGAAUUAUCAGCCUAAACACAAUGACGCUUGCCAGUUGUGCACGUUACUGCAUCGAACGGAUGCGCCGGCGAAGUCCUAUGACGACAUUUACGAGUGGUGGAUGGAAAGGUCACAGUGUGUCAUACCGUUUACUGCGUACCGAGAAUGGAUGCCGCUGCCAGGUUUUGUGAUUUUUUAUGGGUACGCUGGGAUUGGUUUUGUGUUUGUUAUUGGGUAUUUGAGGUUUCGUUUCCGAAGAUGAACUAUGUGUACAGUCUGUGUUGUGUUGCAAAGAUAAAAUAGAAAUACUGCAGAAUAUUACUGCAGAAUGAA